ACACUUUGGGGAAAGGACUGUGUCAUAAUCGUCUUUGUAUCCCCGGGCCCUAGCCCAUCAGCUGGGCCCCCUAAACCUCGAGAACUUCUCCCUGCAAAGGAGCCAGGGUGCCCUCCCUCAGUGUGUCUUUAACCCAGGGCAGGUGACCUGGACCCAGACGGGGUGACCUAGGAGCCUCCAUAGCAUCGGCGGUCACUGCCCGCCCAAUCAGGCCUCAGGGACCAAGGGAGUAAUGGCGAAGGUCGCCACAGCCGGCUGGUUCCGGCGCUCAGGGUCGCGCGGUGGAUCCGCUCCCGGCGCAGAUCGUUGGCUGCCUGGGGCGGCUGGCGCACGCGCGCGGUCGUCAUGACAACGCCGCUGCUGCGGCCCGCGGGAUGCAGAGAGCAUGCAGCGUAGCCCGCAGGAGGCCAGGCCUGAGUCCCGGACCCCACCUUCCGCCCCAUCUACGACCCCUACUCCGGCGUGGGCGGCGGCCGACGGUAGCGGCAAAAUACGUAAUUUCUCUGGACAUCAUUUUCCUCAGCUGCCAGGCCUGUUACAUAACAGAGAAGCUGCAGAACCUAUUGGCGGUCUACAGGAAUAUUAUUAUGAGCUAUGUGUGGAAAAGUCCCAGGAAAUUAAACCUUUUAUAUUGCAUAUACUCCAAAAAGUGGAUGAAGAAAUUGAAAAGGGAUUGGCAGGAAUCACAUUAAAUGUUGCUGGUAACUGUCGCUUAAUGCCAGUAGAAAGAGUAACAGGUGAAGAUUUUUGGAUUCUUUGCAGAAUUUUAAAGAAUAAUCCAUAUAUUAAUGGUUUGGAUGUUAGAUAUAACCUCAUAAGUGAUGUUGGUGCAUCCUAUGCUGCAGAACUCCUUCAGAAACAACAUAAUCUCAUUUACUUAAACCUUAUGUUUAAUGACAUCGGGCCUGAAGGUGGAGAACUGAUUGCUAAAGCACUACAUAAGAAUACAACUCUGAAACACCUAAGAAUGACUGGAAACAAGAUUGAAAAUAAGGGUGGAAUGUUUUUUGCUGCAAUGCUACAAAUUAAUUCAUCCUUAGAGAAAUUAGAUCUGGGUGACUGUGAUCUGGGAAUGCAGAGUGUGAUAGCAUUCGCUACAGUCCUAACUCAAAACCAAACAAUUAAGGGAUUAAACCUAAACCGACCUGUACUUUAUGGUGAACAGGAAGAGUCCACAGUUCAUCUAGGCCACAUGUUGAAAGAAAAUCAGUGCCUUGUUGAACUACACCUGUGUAAGCAUGACAUAAAAAACUGUGGUAUGAAACAGUUAUGUGAUGCACUGUAUCUGAACAGAAGCCUGCGCUACCUUGAUGUAAGCUGCAAUAAAAUAACUCAGGAUGGAAUGGUGUGUUUGGCCGAUGUACUGAAAAAGAAUACUACCCUGGAAGUAAUAGAUCUUUCUUUUAACAGAAUAGAAAAUGCAGGAGCAAACUAUCUCAGUGACACUCUUGCUUCACACAACAGGACUCUUAAAGCGUUGUCAGUGGUAAGCAACAACAUAAAGGGAGACGGACUUGUUGCACUUUCACAAUCAAUGAAAACAAAUCCCACACUCUCUAAUAUCUACCUGUGGGGAAACAAAUUUGAUGAAGCUACAUGUGUGGCAUAUUCAGAUUUAAUUCACAUGGGCCGUCUAAAAUCAGACAAUACAGAUGUGGAGCCAUAUGUGGUGGAUGGACACGUGUACCUUGCAGAAGUCUCCAAUGGCCUUAAAAGGCAUUAUUACUGGACACCAGGUUAUGGAGAAGCUUGCAGCCUAUCAUCUAAUGCAGGUCUUACUCUUGUACCAGUAGGUCAAUAUCUAUGAAAAACAAGCUUUAAUUUUCAUAUAUUUGUCUUAUUACUCUUCACGGAGAUUACAUUUUAUUGUCUAUUAAAUUUUCUUUCAUAAAUUAGAACAAUGAAAAGAGAUACUAAACUGUGAGUAACUGUCCAUUGUGAAAAA